UGGGAUGGUGCGUGAUACGCGCUAGGGGUUGUUUGAUGUUGCGCGUUUUAUGUAUUAUGUGUGAUGCGCGCUAGGGGUUGUGGGAUAGAGAUAUGAGGCGCGCGAUGCAUGACUGGAUGGGGGAGCUUAUCAAGCACCUGUGCAGGGGGGAUUAGCGCAGUGGUCAAGAUGUCUCGAUGAACUAACGAUCCAAAUCCCAACAUGAUAAUACUUGCUCAAUCUCCAAGCAAACAUUUGUGACUAAACGACGACUUGGUUUUUUUAAGUCUGUGUGAAAGUGCAUAGUAGGGGGAGAGUGUUUUGCUAUACACUGUUGCUAACAGAACCACUUACCUGCCUACAACGAUGACUUCAUUCUUCAUAUUCUAGCCCAUUUUUGUAUUUUGCUGCGUGUUAUUUAAACAUAAAAAUCUUUUCAAGGUAUUCCGCCGGGUAUAAGCACAAGCUUUGUUUUAAUCUGACAGAAAUAACACUCGGCAUUCCCCACUUGUUUUUCUUUAACUUUGAAAAGCAGGAGACAUUCAAAGUGGGCAAAUAUGUGCCAUAUCUCCUUCCUUUUCAUCCGUCAUGCUGACUCCGAAGUAAUUGGUGGUGAUCUAAUGAGGAGGUGGUCAGACUGGCGCUACUGCGGACCUGGCCCAACAUCGACACUUUACUGAGCACUUUAAUCCCACAUUAGGUUUGUAAAACACAUAUACCUGGUGCUACAAGAUGAGUAUUUGCUGAUAAAACAUGAAUCAUGUAAUACUUAGAUACAGCAAGCAAGUCAUCUGAAAUGCGGGUGAAAUACUAUAACACAUUAAAAAGGCAACCAUGUGAUACAAGUCUUUGUAUAUAUUUAUUUAUAAGCCACCGGCUCGCCGAGCCCAGAACUAUCCGUGUGACGGCAGCUAAGCCCAAUAAAAAUCGAGGUACAAUUAAUACAAAAUAUCCUGCCCAGCACAAGCGAUAACAGCCGAUACAAGUCAAUGAUAAGAUGGCUUACUGUCUACGCUACUUAGGGUGAUUCUACUGGGGGUGAGGCGAGUGCACGCCAUAGAGGCGCCCUUUACAGACCUCUUCCCACUCAAGCGAAUAUACACAAGAGCAGAAGAAACGCCUGACGCACGCUUACAAAAUUAGUCGUGUAUCAACUUUUGAACUGAGUCUUAUAGUUUCGGGGAAUGAGCGCUGUUGGUGGCAUAUGACACGGACGUCUGUAAUCAUAUGGAGAUUUCUGCACUGUUCUCGUUGAUGUUGAUGGUUGGAGCAUUAUUGAGCAGAUCCAAAGCUCUCGAGUGUUUUUGUGACUCGGCGAAAUGCAGGUUUAACGAGACUGUCACGUGUAAAGCUGGCUUCGCGUGUUAUACAGAAAUCCGAGAGAGUUUCACCUCACAUGGCUGCCUCAAGCGCCCUGGGAUCACUGCCGUGUGCAUAAAGCAAGGCCGAGCGGCCAGCGAGAUCCGCGGAAAGCCUUAUCUACUACUCUGCUGCUUUGAGGACCUCUGCAACGUGCCUGACGAAUACAAAGGCAUGCUACAUAGUCCUUCCCCGAUCCAGGACAAAAAAGGCGUGCGCGCGCAGAUCGAGCCGACCUCCGGGCUCUCCCCGCUACAGAUGGUUUCGGUGAAGGUCUUGUCGAUCGUCGCCGCUGCUGGUCUGUUCAUGUUAAUGCUGAUCGUAGCUUGUGGUGUGCAUCUUCUUUGCAAUAGCAAUGGAAAGUCUAUAGUGAAGAGCGUGCUCAGGCAGAACUCCGCUCUCAUCACCCUUAAACCCAGCUCCCAAGUCUAGGGGAAGCCACCAUGAACAUUCCCAUGGGACAGUAUUCAUACUGCGAUCAAUUUGUGAUGAAAAAGGAGCUAUUACAGGAGUAUGGUACGACUCGAUUUUUCUUGAAAAUGAUUCUUGGAGCAGAUAGGGAAUCACUUGUCUUAUUUAGGAACUAAUGCCUGGUGCACAAUUAUGCCUAGUACACACUAGUGACAUAACUUUUAAACCCGACAUAACGACAUGGACAUAAUGACAUAAAAGAAAAAAAACAUGAUUUUUCUCUUAUGUCGUUAUGUUCAUGUCGAACUAUUCACACCUGAACAUAAGGGUGCGCGCGCCCAUGUCGUUAUGUCACUAGUGUGCACCAGGCAUAAUGACAUAACGACAUCGGCGCGCGCAAUCUGUUUAGCCCGGCAUCA